AUGGUCGAAACAAUCAAAAUCGAAACAACAACAACAACAAUACUCGCUCACUUCCUCAUCCUACCUCUCCUUCCUCUUCCUCUGCCUAUCUUCUGCCUAUUCCUCUCCUUCCCGUCGCCCCACUCGUUGUCACCAGACUGGCAGGGUGAGUCCGCUCACUCUGGCAGCCUGAAAUGUUCGUUCCAUUUUAGACAAUCCGAGGAGCAACCGACCGGAGCGGAGGACGGCGCUAGUGGCACGAGAACUGGCACGCUACAAGGUGGACAUCGCCGCACUCAGCGAGACCCAAUUCUCCGAACAAGGCCAACUGGAGGAGGUGGGUGCCGGCGACACCUUCUUCUGGAGUGGUCGGCUCAGGGCAGAGCGACGAGACGCGGGCGUCGCCUUCGUCAUUCGGAACGACAUCGUGGGACGACUGCCCUGUUUGUCGCAGGGCAUCAACGAUCGCCUGAUGAGCCCUCAUCUGCCUCUCCGGGGUGGGGGGAAAUUCGCCACCAUCAUAAGCGCCUACGCUCCGCCGAUGAGCAGCACCGACGCCGCCGCCGCAAGAGACAAAUUCUACGAGGACCUGCACGUCCUCUUGGCGACUGUGUCGAAGGCGGACAAGUUGAUUGUCCUUGGUGACUUCAACGCCCGCGUCAGCACAGACCAUACAGCCUGGAGAGGAGUGCUGGGUCCCCACGGUCUCCGCGGCUCCAACUACAACGGCCUGCUGCUUCUCCGCACCUGUGCAGAACACCGCCUCAUCCUGACGAACAUGUUCUUCUGUCUGCCGGAGCGAGAGAAGGCCACUUGGAGGCAUUCUCGGUUGCGUCAGUGUCACCUGCUGGACUAUGUCCUCGUCCGGAGGCGAGAUCAGCGGGACGUGCUGGUGAUGAAGGCGAUCGCGGGUGCUGACGGGUGGACCGACCAUCGCCUCGUCAUCUCGAAGAUGCGUAUUUACAUACAGCCUCACAUGAGACCACAAGGUAAGCGACCCCCAGGUAAGCUGAAUAUUGCCUUGUUGUCUUUGCCCGCUCACCGUCUUCAUUUCAGCAAUGAACUAGCUCAACGACUAGACAACCUUCAAAUCGCUGCCGCUGACGACGCCGUCGCUGCCGAGAACGCCUCCGUGGAGAACCACUGGUGCCAACUGUGA